CCACAAUUCAUUCGCCGGGAACCGCCCACCCCACCUGAGACCGAGAGCCAUCGGAGCACAAGUGCGCUGCACUGCACCACCAUCGCAGGGACACACACCGGCCGCCGCCGCCGCCCGCCCGCCAUGUCUCGCUGCUGCCCCUGCGCGAGUGCCGCCUCCACCACCGCGCCCUUCCUCCUCCCUUCCAUCCCCGCCGCUUCUUCCAGGAGCGGCGGCGGUGGCGGCGCCUUCUUCAGUGCUGCCGUGGGCCGGAGCAGGCUGCGGUGCGGAGGCGGGCCGAGACACGGGCACGCGAUGGUCGCGGCGGGCAGUAAGGACAACGGGAGCGGCACGGCGGAGGGGGAGAAGGGAGAAGACGACGCCCCGGCGUUCAAUCCGUUCGGGUUCGUGACGGACAACCCCUCCAGCCGCAGCGCCAUCCAGCUGCCAGCGGUUCCCGCCGAGGACGGCAAUGUCGGCCAGAUGCUCUACAGGAUCGAAGACAAGGGCAGGGAGUACGGUUCGUAUGUCAGAGCAGGAGAGUUUCGAUGGUUCGUCAGAGAAACAGGGUCACCUGAUGCUCGACGUGGGACUAUUGUGUUCCUUCAUGGUGCUCCUGCUCAGUCAUUUAGUUACCGCGUGGUUAUGGCUCAGAUGGCAGAUGCUGGCUACCACUGCUAUGCACCUGACUGGAUCGGAUUUGGGUUCAGUGAAAUGCCACAGCCUGGAUAUGGAUUCGACUUUAAAGAGGACGAAUUCCACAAGGCAUUUGAUGAUCUUCUUGGUACUCUAAAUAUCACCGAGCCCUUCUUCUUAGUUGUCCAGGGCUUUCUUGUUGGUUCUUAUGGGCUGACAUGGGCACUGAAUAACUCAAGCAAAGUCCUUAAGUUAGCAAUCCUUAACAGUCCACUUACAGUUUCUUCUCCAGUCCCUGGAUUGUUUCAGCAGCUAAAGUGGCCACUCCUUGGUGAAUUUACUUGUCAAAAUGCUGUUUUGGCUGAGCGUUUCAUUGAAGCAGGUAGCGCAUAUAUGCUGAAAUUGGAAAAGGCUGAUGUAUACAGGUUACCAUAUCUAUCCAGUGGUGCUCCUGGAUUUGCUUUGCUUGAAACUGCCAGGAAGAUCGAUUUCCAAGAUGUACAGAGUAGAAUUUCGGCCGGAUUUUCGUCCAAUGGUUGGGAAAAACCAAUACUGCUUGCAUGGGGAAUAUCUGACAAGUACUUACCGUUGUCGAUAGCUGAGGAAUUCAAGAAAGCUAAUCCCAGCGUUGUAAAACUAGAGGCGAUAGAAGGAGCUGGUCAUAUGCCACAAGAGGACUGGCCAGAGAAGGUUGUGAAGGCGCUGAUAUACUUCCUGUAAACAUGGACAAAGAUCGUUGUACCAUAAUCCUCCAGGGAACAUGCAAAGAUGCACGCUGAUUGUCGUGGCUUCAUGACGUCCUACUGUCUAAUUUCAUUGUGCCUUGGAUUGCUUUUGGUGGCGCGUGAGCGUGAUGUUGGGAAGCCCAUUAGGUAUAUGUCGAUGCCCUCGCCGCCGUUCCACCUCCACCCACGGUACAAAGGUUUCGUAAACCCAACCGAGAGCUGGGCAGCGAUGAAUUGUUGUAUUUUUUUUUUUUGAGAAUGAUGAAUUGUUGUAUUCACUAUGAUGUAUAUUAGUGGCAGGUCAAGAUGUAUAUUAGCGAGGGGAAAAACAAAUGUCUAUAUGAUUUGUGAUCUGGACAAUAUCAGUGACAUGUUAGCUCACAUUAGAGAUGGAUAACAUGUUUUUUUUUUGUCUCU